AUGAUCCAUAGCGUCACCAUGGAGGAUGGUGAUUGGAACACACAUGGCUCCAUCAGAUCUUGGGACUAUACAUGCAAUGGGAAGAAGGAGGUGUUCAAGGAGAGGAGAGAGUAUGACGACGAGAAGAUGGCGGUCACGCAGAUAGCGGUGGGUGGUCACGUGAUGGACCUGUACAAGGUGUAUUACGGCGUCUUCCACUUCAUACCAAAGCCGGAAAAAGGCUGCGUCUGCAAAGUCAAUCUGGUGUGGGAGAAGAUCAGCGAAGACUCCCCAGAGCCCAUCAACUACAUGGCGCACGUCAAGAAGAUGGUGACUGGUGUGGACGACCACAUAGUCAAUGGCCAGAACUCUGCUUAA